UACUAAUCACAGCUGAUGAAACACAACACAGCCUAGAGGUGUCUUCAGACAGUUGUUUCCGUGAGUGUGCCAAGAAACACAAAUAGAGAUGUAAAAACCAUUUGAGUCUGGGACUAAAAGGGCACUAAAGUCUCAACAGAGUAAAUGUGAUGGAGCCUCAUUUUGGAUGCAGAGACUGUGUUGUUGAGUAACAUGUUUUAGCUGAAAAAUAAGGUAAUACCAACACCUGUGCUUCUACAAGCCAAUCUCCAGGACCAUUGCUGUGUGGAAACUGUUCACAUUUUUGUUGCGUCUCAUAAUCCAUAUAAAAAAUAGUGGGAUUGUGCUAGCUGCUGGCAGUUUGAUCAGUUUGAGCUGCCAUUGCUCUUGGGAUUGGUAAUUUUCUGGCUUUUGAAAGCAAGCUGCUGGCAAGCAGAGUUCAGAUGGCAGAGGACUGACCCGCCACAUACAGGUUUUCAGAGCUGUUGACAAGAUUUAGGCUUUUCAGUUCUCGCAGGGAACAGCUGUCCAGGCCCUGAGAUGGAGCUGCGCUUCUGGUUAACCAGAGUUUCUUUUCUGGUAUGUGCUGAGAAGUGUGUGCACCCUUCACGUGGGAGUGCCCUCAGGGCACUGAAUAUCUUUGUUGUAGCAGAGCUGAUUUAGGGUGGUUGCUUCACGUUUUGGUGUAUCCUGUCUGCCUGUCCUCCUGAGCUCUUCUGGCUCUCAGAGUGUAACUGUACUCCAUGCUGGCAGUGCCACGCGUGGUGGCAUUGCUGACUCCCUCUCUGGAGGCCAGCCAGGAGCAGGCAGUUCUGUGCAGGGUCUGAGACAAAUCGGUACAAACGGACAUGCAACACCCAACUCCGCUUUUCCCUCACCUGUACUGCCUGGUAAAUCUGGAAAAGGAGCUUUCUGUCUUGCUUUCCUGCAUGUUUCUGCUGGUUUUACUGUGUGAGAGAUCUUUGCCAUAUGUAUGAUUGCUUUGUAAUUUGUAGUUGCUCAAAGGGAGCUGCAGGUUAUAUUGCUGUUGGGGAUUUUUAAAGGCAAAAGAUUUUUGCUUAAUUGCGUUAUGAGCCUGGUUAAAAUGGAAAGCAUAACCGUGUUGUAUUUAUUCCUGUCCUGCCAUGACAGCCCAGAGCUGUAACACACCCGUGUUAUGCUUGAAAGAAUUUUCCUCAUUUGCAUGUGGUGUUGACUUAAACUUUUAACACAAAAUGGAAGUGUUCUGUUGUAGUUACAUUCUUCUGCAAGUGCUUUCUCCAAGUGUGCCCUGUGAAUCUGAUGUGGUUUAGAUUUAUAGCAGUGCUGAGUGUGUUCACUGCCUCCGUCAGCUGCAAGAGCUUUCCCGCUGGGGCCGCUCCUCCCUGAUGGAAAAGGAGCAGCUGGGAAGGUGCUGUUUCAGGCUCUUGCUGGCAUUACAAAAAAAAAAAAAAAAGGAAAAAACAAACUCCUCACACACACUUACAUUGGAGAGGGGGAACCAGGCCACGUGACUCCCACCAUCCUACCCUAUGUCACCGUGUGUGUAGGAGCGCUGACUGCUCCUGCCCAAUCAUGCCUGGAAUGCCGCUUGCCACUUGGGCUAUUUCUGCUAUCUGUCGCUCCCAGGGCUGCAGUGCUAACCGUUUGGCAGAUGGGACACUUUUUCUUGGAGUUCAUGUCUUUGGUUUUUAACUUCUGGCAGUGCCUGAAUUGUUGCUGUUCUCCCUCUCCUUUUCUCCUCUCUGUAAAACCAUGGCCCAUCGGCUACGGUUUCAUUUUGGUUCUGGGAGAAGCAACACAGCCCCCGAAUCGGAGAUCCUCGCCCGGGAGAGAGAAGAUGACUUUUUCAUGGCAUUCCACACCUUGCCAAGAAGAAGCAGCCCUCACGCCUUCUUGCGGCACGGAGCAGAGGAUGGCAGCAAUGGAGGUUUGCACGAAGCGGGCUCCUUGAAGAGGAGCACAUCCAUGUUUAUCCCGCAGCUGCUGAACGGCGUGGACGCGCGCCCCACCAGGAGCUCGUCCAUGCAGAUCUCGCUGCAGCGCAAGGCUGCCGACGGCUGCGCCGACGAGAGCGCGGCCCCGGACUCUCCGGAGGACACGCUCCCCUGGAAAUUCUCAGACUUCAGGGAGCGUUACGCAUCCCCCGCUGAAAAGCGCUCUUCUCCAAGUGCUCCACAGACCCGAGACGACUUCCUGGGCCAGGUGGAUGUGCCGCUCAGUCACCUCCCGACUGAAGACCCAACCAUGGAGAGGCCGUACACAUUUAAGGAUUUCCUCCUCAGACCAAGAAGCCACAAAUCUCGUGUGAAGGGUUUCUUGAGACUGAAGAUGGCGUAUAUGCCCAAAAAUGGUGGCCAAGAGGAAGAAAAUAGUGAUCAGAGGGAUGACUCUGAGCACGGCUGGGACGUGGUGGAUUCCAGCGAUGCCGCGUCUCGUCAGGAGGAGCUGCCGCCUCCUCCACUGCCCCCUGGCUGGGAGGAGAAGGUGGACAACCUGGGGAGAACCUACUACGUGAACCACAACAACAGGAGCACCCAGUGGCAUCGGCCCAGCCUCAUCGACGUGGGCUCGGAGUCAGAUAACAAUAUCAGACAGAUAAACCAAGAGGCAGCUCACAGGCGCUUCCGCUCUCGGCGCCACAUCAGCGAGGAUUUGGAGCCAGAGCCUGUGGAGAGUGGAGACAUUCCUGAGCCUUGGGAAACCAUUUCAGAGGAGGCAAGUGCCAGUGGGGAUUCCUUGAGCUUGUCACUGCCACCUCCUCCUGCAUCUCCGGUGUCCCGGACCAGUCCUCAGGAGCUGUCUGAGGAGCUGAGCAGAAGACUCCAGGUCACUCCUGAUUCCAAUGGGGAACAACUCGGCUCUUUGAUUCAAAGAGAACCUUCCUCACGACUGAGGUCCUGCAGUGUGACAGACGCAGUCGCUGAGCAGUCCCAGUUAUCCCUGCCUUCUGUGGCUUACGUGCACACCACGCCGGGCUUGCCUUCAGGCUGGGAGGAGCGCAAGGACGCCAAGGGCCGGACCUACUACGUCAACCACAACAACCGGACCACAACGUGGACACGGCCCAUCAUGCAGCUCGCCGAGGACGGCAUGGUGGGGCCGGGCACGAGCAGCAGCAACCACCUGAGCGAGCCGCAGAUCCGGCGGCCCCGCAGCCUGAGCUCGCCCACCGUCACCCUGUCAGCGCCGCUCGAGGGCAUGAAGGACUCUCCGGUGCGCAGGGCGGUGAAGGACACCCUGUCCAACCCCCAGUCCCCACAGCCGUCCCCCUACAACUCCCCCAAGCCCCAGCACAAGGGGGCCCAGAGCUUCCUGCCCCCGGGCUGGGAGAUGCGCAUCGCCCCGAACGGCCGCCCCUUCUUCAUCGACCACAACACCAAGACCACCACGUGGGAGGAUCCACGACUGAAGUUUCCGGUGCAUUUGAGAUCCAAAGCGUCUCUGAACCCCAACGAUUUGGGCCCUCUUCCUCCUGGCUGGGAGGAAAGAAUACACCUGGAUGGAAGAACAUUUUAUAUAGACCAUAGAAGCCAGGUGUUGAUAUGUGGAGACAUUGAUACCAGAGACUUAGUGCCCUCCUACGAUAAUAAAAUUACCCAGUGGGAAGACCCCAGACUGCAGAACCCAGCAAUCACAGGCCCAGCGGUGCCGUACUCCAGGGAGUUCAAGCAGAAAUACGAUUAUUUCCGCAAGAAGCUAAAGAAACCUGCUGACAUACCCAACAGAUUUGAGAUGAAAUUACACAGAAAUAACAUUUUUGAGGAGUCCUACAGAAGAAUCAUGUCUGUGAAGAGACCUGAUGUACUAAAAGCCAGGCUCUGGAUUGAAUUUGAGUCAGAAAAAGGACUUGACUAUGGAGGUGUGGCCAGAGAAUGGUUUUUUCUCUUGUCCAAGGAGAUGUUUAACCCUUACUAUGGUCUCUUUGAAUACUCAGCAACGGACAACUAUACACUUCAGAUUAAUCCUAAUUCAGGUCUCUGUAACGAAGACCAUCUGUCGUACUUCACGUUCAUUGGCCGGGUGGCCGGCCUGGCCGUGUACCACGGGAAGCUGCUGGACGGCUUCUUCAUCAGACCUUUCUACAAGAUGAUGCUGGGCAAGCCCAUAACGCUGAAGGACAUGGAAUCAGUGGAUAGUGAAUACUACAACUCUCUGAAGUGGAUCCUGGAAAAUGACCCUACAGAGCUGGAUCUCAUGUUCUGCAUAGACGAGGAAAACUUUGGACAGACAUAUCAAGUGGACCUGAAACCCAAUGGGUCCGAAAUCAUGGUAACAAAUGAAAACAAGAGGGAAUACAUUGACCUGGUCAUCCAGUGGCGGUUUGUCAACAGAGUGCAGAAACAAAUGAAUGCCUUUCUGGAGGGAUUCACAGAGCUGCUUCCAAUUGAUCUGAUUAAAAUUUUUGAUGAAAAUGAACUGGAGUUACUGAUGUGUGGCCUUGGCGAUGUGGAUGUCAAUGACUGGAGACAACACACCAUCUACAAAAAUGGUUACUGCCCAAAUCAUCCUGUUAUCCAGUGGUUCUGGAAGGCUGUUCUGCUGAUGGAUGCUGAGAAACGGAUCCGGCUCCUGCAGUUUGUGACCGGGACGUCACGCGUGCCUAUGAACGGAUUUGCUGAACUUUACGGUUCAAAUGGUCCUCAGCUGUUUACAAUAGAGCAGUGGGGAAGUCCUGAUAAGCUGCCCCGGGCUCACACCUGCUUUAACCGCCUAGACUUACCUCUGUAUGAAUCUUUCGAGGACCUGCGGGAGAAGCUCCUCAUGGCUGUGGAGAAUGCCCAAGGGUUUGAAGGGGUGGAUUAACUUGGCAGCAGCCAUUCCCUCUCCAAGCACGUUCUGCUGGCGUUGGCACCUGCCCGAGGGACUCGAGGGCUUGUGGCACAGCAGUUGCCCGGCGCUGGCUCUGGAGCAGAGCCCGGCAGCGCGGGGGCUGAGCCCCGAGGCUGGGGCUGGCACCUGGGGUGGCCUUGCUGAUGUUCCCGCACCAGUUGUGAACUGAUCACACUUCAGCAGGACUUGCUCUAUUUAUGUUGUGCCUCUGUAGGCAAAGCCCUUAAUAAAUAUUUUACACAAUUUCUAA